AGUUGUAUAAUACACCGAUUCUAAUUUUCCAUGCCCCCAGCAACAGCAAUACCUCAAGGAGUCUUCUACCAGAAGACCCUGCCAGAUGAUGAGCCCACAGUAUGCAGUGAGGAGGGCCGGCGACGACUCAGUGAAGCUAUGGCCGAUGGUCACGCAUACCCGUUCCUACCUCUCAUGUGCCAGUUCAAAACACAGGAUCAACCAGCAUACUGCGGGCUUACUACUCUUAUUAUGGCUCUGAACACUCUGGGCAUCGACCCGUGGAGGACAUGGAAGGGCGUAUGGAGAUGGUACGAUGAGCACCAUCUGGGUGCAUGCUGCAUCAACUUAGAAGAGGUGGCUUCUGAGGGCAUCUCCAUCGACACCUUCGCGUGUUUGGCGCGAUGUAAUGGUCUCGGAGCUCAAGUCUACAGACCACCAGUUGUGGAGAAUUCGUCAGAGUGUUCAACGACGGCUGCAGAGGUCAAUGCAGAUGACGCUGAUGAGCAAUUUUUACAAGGUUUUCGAGACACUGUCGAAUCAUGGACGUCGGAUGGGAGGCUGUUACCAAGCUGUGGUGGCCUCGAGAAGGUACUGGUAGUAUCCUAUGACAGGGCGGCCGUGGGCCAAGCUGGCAAUGGUCAUUUUUCCCCCAUCGGAGCCUACCACGCCGCGACUGACUCCGUCUUAGUGCUGGAUGUGGCCAGGUUCAAGUAUCCACCUCAUUGGAUGAGUCUACAAAGGCUAGUCAAAGCUAUGUAUCCUCUUGAUAAAGCAACAGGCUAUCCAAGAGGGUAUAUUAUGCUAGUUAGGAUGAGACCGGGAUCUCUACCACCAGAAGCUGGUCCGAAGCUGUUGGCUCUGGCUUCAAUACCGUCUUCGGCCACGAUUUCACUAACGGAUGAAUUCCGGAACGAAAUGCAGCGGCAGUCAACCAUGGUCGAUUUGCCUUCCAGGCAACCGACCAUGUCUUCAGGGGAGUUUCUUAUACAGCUGUUUCGAUGCUUCCUGCGGGCCGUGGCGAAGUUGGACUCGCCGAUAAUGCGUGGAGUCUUUCAUGCUGUCGCCGAACAGAGACGUUUGGUCGAUACGAUUAGUAAAUACUGGAAUACUCAGGGAGGUUUUGAAGGGGAGAGCAAUUCUAAUGAAAAGGCCUCUAUUGUAACAGCAACGCUGAAUGCUUUCGUCGAAGAGAAUUCACAUGCACCAGUAGCCGGACGACUCCCUCCCAUGUUUGGUCCCUCUAGAGAUAGAGCAGACUGGAUGGACGAGAAGGCCAUAGCUGCUGUUUGGACAGGAGUAUUCUUCUGUUUGCCUGCUGAGCUACUGACCAUCUCUGGUGAUGAGGGGAGUAAGGAACCAUCAGCGUGUCAAGCCACGGGAACGGAGUUACUGGUCCCGUCGAAGCUAUUCCUGGACCUUACGGAAGGUUGCGAGGACUUUGGACUCAUACGAGCCUUCAUUUCAACACUACGGUCGAAGUGCUGCCCAGCUGAUGGAGAGAUGACUGCUCAUUUAAGGGGUGUAUGCCAAUGCAGGAAGUCCAAGCUUGGACUUGGCUGUUUUACGGCUCAUUGAUCCCACGCGAGUCAACAUAGCCAUAACAACACAGACUUUUAUUACGUAUCAGGAUGGGUAGAGUAGGGCUGAGUACAGCCAUUAUAAGCUGCUUUAGUUGCU